CUUAAUGAGGCCCGCUGCCGCUCCCAGGAGAGAGGAGGUCCAGGAGGAGGUCGGUCCCGUGCGGGCUCCCCCCAUUGAGGUCGGAGGCGAGGAGGCUUACCGGGUGCGAGAGAUCCUGGACUCCAGACGCCGCGGCGGGUCGGUGCAGUACUUGAUUGACUGGGAGGGCUAUGGCCCAGAGGAACGCUCCUGGGUCAAGUCUCGGGACGUCCUGGACCCAUCUCUUCUCAGAGCUUACCAUCACACUCACCCAGAUCGCCCAGCUCCAAGACCUCGUGGAAGACCCCGUCGCCGUCCAGGUCCUCGCUUCCGGAGCCGCUCGCAGGAGGGGGGCUCUGUCACGGAGCGCAGAGCUGUGCGCGCAGCUGUCACUGAGCGCGCGCCCUCACCUCUCUCCGGUCUCUCUCGCUCGUUGUCUCCUGAGUUCUAGAACUACACUUCCCUUCGUCCUCCUCUGCUAUCAUUGGAUUCCACCCCUGCCUGGUGCUCCCAUUCAGUCUCAUCACCUCCACCUGCUAAUCAUUAUCUGCCCUUUAUAUGGACUGUUCAGUUGUCUGUUGUUUGCGAAGUCUUGUUUUGCCACGCUGCAUGUUGCUGCGCAUUCCCUUGGUUCAUGUCAGUUAUUCCUUGUUUUAUUACCUGUUUGAAUAAAGUGCUGCAGAUGGA